AUGGCCGCUCAAGUCACUCCCUCCAAGCAGGCUGCUUCCUCGCUCGAGAACCUCAAGAUGAGCGACUCCCCCGUUAAGAAGCUUGACUUCCAGUCCGUCGGCAAGGAGAACGCGCCCGGCAAGCCCGUCGACGCGUCCUUCGAGAAGCCCACCGAGAAGGCCGUCGAGGUUCCCAAGGCUACCCCUACUAUCAAGGAGCUCGAGGCCACUGAGCCCCUCCUCCAGGAGAACCCCCACCGAUUCGUCAUGUUCCCCAUCAAGUACCACGAGAUCUGGCAAAUGUACAAGAAGGCCGAGGCCUCAUUCUGGACCGCUGAGGAGAUUGACCUUUCCAAGGAUCUCCAUGACUGGCACAACCGCCUCAACGAUGAUGAGCGUUACUUCAUCUCCCACGUGCUUGCCUUCUUCGCAGCUUCCGACGGUAUCGUCAACGAGAACCUGGUCGAGCGUUUCAGCGGAGAGGUCCAAAUCCCCGAAGCUCGUUGCUUCUACGGUUUCCAGAUCAUGAUGGAGAACAUUCACUCCGAGACCUACUCUUUACUCAUUGAUACCUACAUCAAGGAGCCUAAGCAGCGCACCUACCUCUUCGACGCCAUUGAUACUAUUCCCUGCAUUGCCAAGAAGGCUGAGUGGGCUAUCCGCUGGAUUAACGACAAGGAGUCUACCUUCGCUUCUCGUCUUGUUGCAUUCGCUGCUGUCGAGGGUAUCUUCUUCUCUGGAUCUUUCGCCUCCAUCUUCUGGCUCAAGAAGCGUGGCCUGAUGCCCGGUCUCACUUUCUCCAACGAGCUCAUCUCUCGUGAUGAGGGUCUUCACACUGACUUUGCUUGUCUCCUCUUCUCUCACCUCAACCACCGCCCCGAUCCCAAGGUUGUCGAGGACAUUAUUGUCGAGGCCGUCGGCAUCGAGCAGGAGUUCCUCACUGAUGCUCUUCCCUGUGGCCUGCUCGGCAUGAACGCCAAGCUCAUGUGCCAGUACAUUGAGUUCGUCGCUGACCGUCUCCUGGUUGCCCUUGGAAACAAGAAGUACUACAACUCUGCCAAUCCCUUCGACUUCAUGGAGUCCAUCUCUCUGGCUGGCAAGACCAACUUCUUUGAGAAGCGUGUCGGUGACUACCAGAAGGCUGGUGUCAUGGCCAGCACCAAGAAGGAGACCAACGCCGAGGGUGAAAAGGUCGUCAGCGAUGGCCUCAACUUCGAUGAGGACUUCUAA